AUGUCUUUGAAUUGGCUUUAUUGCAAUUUAUUUAUUGUAAUACUCUUUUUCAACAUUGUAAAGAGUGAUACAGAUACUAACCCAGAUAUUGAUCGAUUUGUUGAGAUUGCAGACGAUCGUUUAACUCUUUCUGACUAUGUUGCGUUAUAUAAAGUUGUUAAUAAUAAAACUAUUACUGAUCUAAAACGAGAAGAACAACUUUUGGACGAUAUGAGAAGUAAGGGAAAGAAGCUAUCGUUAAAUGAGGAUUAUGUUACUUUAAUAUUCCAAGACCAAAUGAAUGCUAGCAAACAUUUUCAGAAUUAUUUGGUUAAUUUAUGGAAUCAACAUGGCAUACCACCUAUUAAAGUUCGAGAUUUAGAAACAGACUUACGCCCAAAAAUUGAUCAAAUAAAUAAUGAAAUGCUGCAAUUGCUAGUUAAAAUACAAAAACUUCCCUCUGCUGAUUGUUUAAAAGAAGUAGAUAAGUCUUUAAAGAAUUUUAUUAUGCGAGUUAAUGACAUUGAUGAACAAAUUGAUGCUUUGAAAAUGGCCGUGAAAGGCGGAGACCUCUGCCCUGCAUGUAAAAAUAAUUAA